AACACUCAGGGUUUUGAAAGUGAAAUCCUUCACAUCGGUUAGAUUUGAUCUGUAAAACAUACGAGAAUGUUGCUGAAUCAAGGCCCAAAUCUGUUCCAGUAUGGAGGUGGCGCAGACGACAAGUCCUCCUGUAUGAUGUCGUUGUCGCAUGCCGUGCAACAGGGGCCUCCCAUGUCAGGAGCGUACAUCCUGUCCCCACACACGCCUUCACUGUCUCUUCCCCCGAUGCCAGGUCUGACGACAGGGAUAACAGACGUCAAAUCAGAAGUAUCUCCUGGAACAGACGACACUCGCGACAAUCUGCAGCAACACGGGCCUCCUGACAACGAUCAGAGCAACCAGUCAUCACCAUCGCCGUCAUUGUGUUCCGAAAACGACGAAGACGAGGAUUCAGAUGAAUAUUCAGGUACAUCAACUCUGUCUCAACAAAAUCGACGCUUUGCUGAAAAUGUCAAGCCUCCCUAUUCCUACAUUGCAUUGAUUACCAUGGCCAUCGAGAGUUCUCCUACUGGUAUGAUGACUCUCAACGAUAUAUACAGUUUCAUCAUGAAGAGGUUUCCAUAUUACAAAGAGAACCAACAGAGAUGGCAGAACUCCAUCAGACACAACCUCUCCCUCAAUGACUGUUUCGUCAAGGUGCCCCGACCCCCGGGGAAACCAGGCAAGGGUAACCAUUGGGCUCUGCAUCCAUCUUGUGGGGACAUGUUCGGUAACGGCAGUUUCCUUCGUCGUGCUAAACGUUUCAAACUGGCGCACAGACAACGCCGAGAAGACGCCACUAUUCAGCAUGUGAGUUCUUAUGGCCAUUUCAGUCUCUACGGGGGCCCGUCUCCCUACCCUGCUCUUAACCCCCUGAGUCUCGGCUCCCUUCCCCAGGGACUCACCCAGCCCCAGCAAUACAGUAUAGGAAGCAAACCUGAUCCUAGUACCUGGACCAUGGGAUCUCCUACAGGCUAUUCUCCUACAACUGGCUACUACAACGCCAGCAGCAUGAACAGCUCCCUGACCGGCUCCCCUCUCUCCAGUUCUCCACCAGGAAGCUCGCCUCUGGGUGGGGCUUAUAUGCCACCAACCCCUACACCCACUGCAGGAAACGGUCACCCUCACGCAACCUACCAGGCUCUACAACAACACUUCUCCUGUGGACAAUACUCCGCCUAUCCUCAUCUGAGAAUGGCGUCAGGAUCUCCCUAACUUUCCGGCUUGUCACGGAGGUUCUGGUCGCUGCAUUGUGUCUCAAAAACUAAUACACAUAUUGUUAUGUGGGAUAUUAUCAACACAAACUGUGUUAAAAUAUGUGUGGAAAGUGCUAUAUACUACAGGAAAUAUGUGGGGUGGUGUUUGUGUAGAUUACAAUACCUACACUGAGUUGGCAAUAUUACGCAAGACAAAGACAAUAUGUAUGUAAUAUUCUAUCUGUCUCUUUGUUCCAUCAUUUUACGUUGAUGAAUAGUUUUAAUAAAAAUUGUUAUAUUGUAAUAUAUGUCGUGUUCUAAAAUCAAUGCUGGAAGCCAACAAUUUGUCUCUGAUGUUUUCAUUAAAUAGUGAAAUGAGAAGGGAAUUGCGUUAUACCGAUAUCUAACAUCUCGACAAACAAUAUUUGUCUCGUGAUAUACCAUUUGUACCUUGUUCAAGUAUCACCGUGAGGAACUUGUCAUGAAAGCUUGUUUCAUCUGUACUCAC